UCACAUUUCAAGCUACAAGGGGAGAGGGAGCUCACUGCUGCUGCUGCUGCUCUGCGUCUACAGUAAGAGGAGGAGAAAGUGUGUUUUUACUGCACGAAAAGACGCAUGAAACCGCAGACAUGUGUGCGUUAAGACUUGUAGCCUGUCGAGCGCUCUGCAGCGUCUUUAAACCUCUCCUGAGGAUGACCAUACAGAACGGCACCGUGAUAUCAGCCAGAGACUGCUCUCAGGCCGGGAGUAAGAGAAACACACUGAGAUGGGACCUGACUCCGGAUGACAUCAGGACCCGGACAGACAUCUUGAUUAGCAGGGUAAAGAAGGUCUAUGAUGACAUUGGAUCUCUAAAGACAGAAAAUGUCUCCGUUGAAAACACUCUGGGACCUCUGGCUCAUGCCAAACUGGAUUAUGCAUCAUCGCUCCAUGUCCUCGAUUUCCCCCAGUACGUCUCUCCUUGUAAAGAGGUUCGUGCAGCGAGCACAGAGGCAGACAAGAAGCUGUCCGAGUUUGAUGUGGAGAUAAGUAUGAGGGAAGAUGUGUUCAGAAGGAUUACAGCGCUGCAGAAAAAGCACCAAGACAAUCUUUCAGCCGAAGAAAAGAGAUUCUUGGACAGACUUGUUACGUUAGGGAAGAGGAAAGGACUGCACCUGAGUAAAGAUAUACAAGAGGAAAUAAAAAGGACCUCCAAGCUCAUAAGUGAACUCUCCAUAGAGUUCAACAAGAAUCUGAAUGAGGACAACACGUUUCUUGUUUUUACUGAGCGUGAAUUGGGUGGCCUCGCUGAUAGCUAUCUCAACGGCCUGGACAAGACAGCAGAUGGGCGGUAUAAAGUGACACUUGAAUAUCCCCACUACUUCCCCCUGAUGAAGAGGUGUCAUAAUCCUGAGACCAGGAGGAGGAUGGAAACAGCUUUUCACAGCAGGUGUAAAGAGGUAAACACAGCGAUCCUUGAACAAUUAAUCCAACUGAAGGCAAAGGUCGCAGACUUAUUAGGUUACAGCAGUCAUGCGAACUAUGUGCUGGAGAUUAACAUGGCCGGGACCGCGAGCAAUGUGUCUGACUUUCUAGACACAUUCUACGAAACACUGAAGCCCAUUGGGAUCAAGGAGAGGAAAUAUAUUCUCGCACUAAAGAAGCGGGAGUGCUUGAUGAAGGGCUUCCACUUUGACGGACAGAUCAAUGCCUGGGACUUACCCUACUACAUGAAUCAAGUGGAGCAGUGCAAGUUCGCCGUGAACAAGGACAAACUGAUUGAGUAUUUCCCGCUUGACGUGGUGACAGAAGGACUGUUUGGAAUCUACCAGGAGCUGCUGGGUCUCACGUUUGCCGAGGUCGAACACGCUCACGCAUGGCAUGAAAAUGUCAAGCUUUUUUCAGCCCGGGACACUGAAACAGGAGAGGAGAUCGGCCAGUUCUACCUGGACCUGCACCCAAGGGAAGGAAAGUAUAGCCAUGCAGCAUGUUUUGGACUGCAACCCGGCUGCAGAGGACCUGAUGGAAAACGCAGGCUUCCAGUGGCGGCCAUGGUGGCUAACUUUACCAGGCCCAGAAAAGGUUUCCCCUCUCUCCUCCAGCACCAUGAAGUGGAGACUUACUUUCACGAGUUUGGUCAUGUUAUGCACGAGCUCUGUUCCAAGACCACUUUCUCAGACUUCAGUGGGACUCAGGUGGAGACAGACUUUGUGGAGGUGCCUUCACAGAUGCUUGAGAACUGGGUUUGGGAGAAGGAGCCUCUGAGAAGAAUGUCUCGACACUACAAGGAUGGCACCCCGAUCCCAGAAAACCUACUCGACAAACUCAUUGCAUCCAGAGUCGCCAACACUGGACUGAUGAACCUGCGUCAGGUAGUCCUCGGUAAAGUGGAUCAGUCGCUACACACCAGCCCCCAUGCAAACACAGCUGAGGUGUUUGCAACACACUGUCAGGACAUCCUGGGUGUUCCUGCUACUCCAGGUACCAAUAUGACGGCCAGUUUCAGCCACCUGGCUGGAGGAUAUGAUGGUCAGUACUACAGCUAUCUAUGGAGUGAAGUCUACUCCAUGGACAUCUUCUUCAGCCGUUUUAAAAAGGAAGGCAUCAUGAAUCCAAAGGUUGGAAAAGAGUACAGACGGGUGAUUCUGGAAGCUGGAGGCUCUGUGGAUGGCGUGGACAUGCUGAAAACUUUCCUCGGCCGUGGUCCAUGCCAGGAGGCCUUCUUUCAGUGCAAAGGACUGAUUCAGUCACAGACGUUAUAAUUUCUUAUAUUCUUUAGGUGUCAAAGCAGGGUAUAUUUUUAACUGUCUGGAUGCAGGGCUUUGCUUAAAGUAAAUUCCUACUUUGUUUAGUUUUUCUACUUGAUGUUUUCUUGGCAUUUGUUCAAAUGUACAGUAGAUCAUUGAGGGUCUCCUGAUUAUAUGUAAAACAAGUCAAAUUGAGAAAAGCAAAGGUGUUGCUAAUAAAAUUAACAAAGGUUUUGCUUUAUUUAAGUGUCCCAGUAAGCCAUAGCAAAACACAGCCUGCACAAUACACUGCCCCUGAAAACAAAACAGUAAAUUGGAAAUCAGCCACCAUUAAUUCAAUUAUUCAUACCUUUAUUUUUGCUACUGUGAUAUGUGAAAAUGUCUUCUGUGAAAAAGGCAUAGUGUGUGUACAGGUGCAAGUUAUCAUUGUAAAAUGUGUUAUUAGUAGAUAGUAUUUUAGAAGAUGAUCAAAAAUCUGUUGGAGAUGGUUUUACAAACUAAAUGGUCAUUGCAUCUUUUGGAGCUUUGUUGUCCUGUUUUGGAGCCUUCUCUUAUAGGAUGAGACAAUACAACACUUGUCCAUUUAUAUGUUAUUACAAUAUUAAAAUACAUAUAUUUACAGACAUAGACUUGUAUUGAUUUGGUGCCAAAGUUACCAAAAGAUUUGACAAAUGUGAAAUGCACAAAGUCUAACAUUCAAAACAAGAUGGCUUAAAGUUCCACACUGUGAAUGCCUGUGAUAUAAUUAUAUCAGUUAUUUCAUUUCAAAGGAAUUAGACUAUCGUGAUUUAAAAACAAUGUAUAUCCAGAACUGGAUUAGGGAAAUGUAUAUAAUAUAAUAUCAAUCAAAUCAAAUCAAAAUUACUUUAUUUCUCCCUGAGGGGAAAUUCAGUUAGUUUUUGUUUUGUUUUUUAACUCUGGAAGAUGAUAAUAUUGACAGUAAGAGGAACAUAUUUACUUUUGAUUUUGGGGUGCUGGAGUUAAAACGGUAAAGAAAAAAUAUUAACCAUGGCACUAAACUUUCUGUGCAGAGAAUUUAAAUGUAUAUUUGUGUAGAAUUUAUAUGAAAAAAUAUGCAUUUUUAAUUCAAGGGCUGAACUGUCCCUUUAAAAUUCCCCUGUAAGGACUAAAGGUAUUUGUACUCCAGGGACUGCACGUGAGAGCAAAAUUAAACUGGUAUGUGAGUUAAACAUGGUUAAGAAAAAUGUAUGUUUUCCUUGGCAUAAUACUUUAUGUUAAACUUGAGAAUUAAGUAAAGACGUUAAGAGUUUACGAGAAUUUGGAUUUGGGGGUGAACUGCCCUUUUAAAAUUCCCAUGCAAGGGAGUUACAACACAGUACAGAAAAAUGAUAUCCUUGGCAUAAUGUGCUGAGAAUUGACACGUACAUCUCUAUUAAAUGUAUUUGAAAAUAAAAUGUGGAUUUUAGAUUUGGGGGUGAACUGUCAUUUUAAAAAUCCCCUGCAAGGAAUAUAGUUGUGUGCACACCAGGGGGCGCCACAUGAAAACACAAUUACUUGUUGAUUAAGUUAAACACAUUUUAUACAGUCUAUGGUUAAACAUAGUAAAGAAAAAUGUCUGUUUCCCUUGGCAUAAUACUUUAUGUUCAACUUGAGAAUUUAUACAUAAAGAUUUUUGUUGUUGUUUGUUUUGGGUAUUUUAUAAUUGUCCAGUUUAAAUCCCCCUGCAAGCUAUAAAGUUAUAUGUACACUAGGGCCACAUGAUAGCAAAUGCUGGUAUGCGAGUUAAAACAUAAUAAAGAAAAUGUUAUAUUAU